GAUUGCACAACAGAGAUGGGAUCUGACCUGUUUGGCACAAAUAUAAGGAGGAAGAAGAGACCAACAGCACCCAAGCCUUCUCACAGAGGACGCCGAGAAGAAAAGACCAAAAACUUUCAGUCACAUCAAUCUUUAAAUUGGAAAAGGAUGAAGAGUAUUGUGAUGUUUCUUGUGCUGUCCACCGUGACGGCUCAGCCGGCAGUGUCUGCUCCUUCAGAUCCUGGAUACUCUGGAAAAGAUGCUGCUCAGACUGAUGACAGUAAUAAAUUAACGAUUGCUCACAAAUACCUGGAAAAGGACCUGCAGAACCUGGACAAAAGAUUCUGGCCAGAUAUGUUUACAGUUGCUACUAAAGGCGUGGAUUUGGCCCACCAUUUGAUCCAUGGUCACAAACACUUGGACCAGCAGGAUCUGGACAAACGAUCCUGGUCGGAUAUCUUUGCAACAGCUACUAAAGGCGUGGAUUUGGCCCACCAUUUGAUCCAUGGUCACAAACACUUGGACCAGCAGGAUCUGGACAAACGAUCCUGGUCGGAUAUUUUUGCAACAGCUACUAAAGGCGUGGAUUUGGCCCACCAUUUGAUCCAUGGUAACAAACACUUGGACCAGCAGGAUAUGGACAAACGGUCCAUGUCGGAUAUCUUGGCAGCAGCUGCUAAAGCUGUGGAUUCGGCCUACGGUGUCAUCCAUGGUGGGGGGAAAGGAAGUGGUGCUGGAAAUCAAACCUGAGCCUACUCAUGUGAAGCAUAACUGAAAAUGUUUCCUUUUUUGUUAAAAACUUUCAACUUGCAUUACAUUUUCUUUUUUCAUUUAGCUGAAAAUGUUUAAAGUUGUCCAAUAAACUAGCUUUGAAGCAUUUAGAACAAGU